GGGGGAGAGGCGCGGCGGCGGCGCUCGCGUCAGCCCUCGAGGCGGCGCCGGAGGGCCUCCCCCCCUCGCUCGCCUCGCAGCCCCUCUUUGUCAAGCAGCAGCUCGGGACCGACGGGUUUGGCAUCGGGUUUGAGGACGCCGACGCCGCCUCCGGGCUGCGCGUCUCGCCGCUGCGCAACGCCGUCUCUCGCAAGACCUUCCUGCCCACGGUGCUGCACUUUGCGGAGCAGCACCAGCAGGCGGCGUCGGGACGAGGGUGUUGA